GCCAAUUGAGAGAACCACACCUCCAAAGUAUGUACCCUGAACACGGAUUUUGACUUGCCAAAUUAUGCCCUUCUUCUUCCCAACUUCGAUAGCUUCUUCGUCAAGUAAUUUAAUCGUGUCUAGAUGACCGUUUGGGAUCAUAUCAUUGAUAGUUGAUGAGGCGAAUAGCAGUAGCAAUAGUCUCAGGCCAAAAAGAAGAGGGACCAUACGAAGAGAGCAAGAGAGCACGAGUGACCUCGAGAACAUGAAGAUUUUUUCUUUCUACCAACCCAUUUUGUUGGGAGACAUCAGAACAAGAUUUUUUAGACAGAAUACCAAGGGACCGAUAAAGAUUUAACAAGGGACCAGAACAAAACUACCCUCUAGGAUCAUAUCAGACUACACGAACAGUUUUACCAAAUUGAGUUUUGAUCAUGGUAAGGAAUUCUGUAGCAACAGCCAAGAGGUCAGAUUUGAGGCGAAGAAAAUAUACCCAUGUGUAUCGAGUAGCAUGGUCAAUAAAGAGCGCAAAAUACUUAUAUCCAAGUUGGGAAAUGGUAGGGCUAGGUCCCCAAAGAUCAGUAUGGAUCAAAUCAAAGGGUUCAGAAAUAGUAGUUUGACUGGACGGAAAAGAAAUGCUCGUAGUCUUUGCCUCAAUGCAACUGGUACAAGAAAAAUCCGAGGAACACUGAACACGAGUAUUUUGACCAAAUAACUGUUGCUUAAACAUAGUAGUGAGUCUACUAGAAUUAGGAUGACCUAAUCUAGCAUGCCAUAACCAAAAAGUUUUAUUAGGGAGACUCGAAAAAACAGUAGGAAAAAGGUAUGAGGCUGGAAGUUGGAUGAUGAUGCGGAUGAUGAUGGUGGACGCAAUUGCUCCAGGUAAAAUAAGUGUUCCUUCUUACUACCCCUGCCGAUCUCUCUCCCGGUCGCCGGAUCCUGUACAACAUAGCCAGAGGGUGCAAACGUAACACGAUAGAACGAAAUUUUUUAGCUUGAGCUAUACUAAGAAUAAGUUUCGAAGUCGAAUUUGCGAUAAGUUUUCUAAUGAUUGUUUAGUGCGAUACAUUGAAAUGGACUUGCUUAAGAGUGCAGAAAAUUAAUGUAUUUUGCAUUUUUUUUAAAUAUGAAAACUCAUCAUGAGGGUUUAUGCAAACAACAAUUCUGUUAAUUAGUCGGUUAUUUGUUGAUUAAUAAAUGAAUUAUUUGAAUACUAUUAAUUUUAAUUAUAUUCGAUAAGUUUCAAAUCCUGCGUAUGACAAUGAACAAUCCCUUCACUAUUCACGGCUCUAACUAAGCUAGAGAUUAGAAUGCAUGAAUUAAAGGGAAAGAUUUCAUAUUUUAAAUAGGGAUUAGGGUUUAGUACUAUUAAUAAAAGGGUAGUCCUUAUAUCCCUAUCGUCGUCGAGUCCUCACCCAGAUAUAUGUUUUCCCAAAAGGCAGCAAAUAGAUAUUGGUUCAAUCAGGAGGAUGAUCGGGACAUCAAUGGCGGCAGACGCUCCCAUCAGCAAACUGGGGGACGAUCUCGUCAAAGAAAUUCUGAUUCGCAGCUUCCCGAAUCCUAGAUCCGCCUGCCGCAGCAAACCAGUAUGCAAGCGAUGGAACUCCCUCAUCUCCCACGCCCGCUCCAACCGCCGUUGCGGUUUUGUGUCUCACCAUCGGAGCAACAACGACGGCCAGCCACCCCUGCUCCUCUGCAAGGACAAUCCCCUGCCUUCGCUCAUAAGCUUCCUCCCCGUACCCGACGAAUUCCGAUCCAGCUUCGUCGUUUGGGAUUCUUUCAAGGACUUGAUUUUGUGCGGGUUUAAGAAUUCGGUGUGAGACUACAAUCACGAAAGGGCCAGAUCGCUCUUGAUCUGCAAUCCGUUUUCGAGACAAUGGGUCACCCUUCCUCUGGAGCCCGAAACGAAGACCUUAACGAAAGGCAGCGAAAUUGAUCUUUCGAGAAUUUCGAGUUGGAUCUGGACAAUGACCAAGUAUUUAUGUAUUCCAACUAUCGAUUUCGCGUUCUGGUUCGAGUUAGAGCUAAACGUGUUUUGUUCCGAGUCCGGAGAAUGGUAUACCAUAGUAAUGAAUCGUUGUAUUCAACCUAAGGCGACGUCUUUGUACGAAAAUUUGUAUUGGAUGAGAUGCGGUAGAGAAAUUUGGAGGUUUGAUCCUUCCCGUCCAAAAUUACGUCCAAUAACGAUGAGCUUCGACGGCAGGAUGGAUGCAGUUUCCCAUUUUUCGACCUCACAGGGUGUUCCAUAUAGUUGAACGUGAUGAAAGACCCAGAUAUGAUGAGCCUCACGAUGGUGUUUUCGUAACGGCGGCGGCGUGCCUGAAGUUGAGAGACUGGAAUUUGUUUCUGUGCUCGCUCAGCAUAUGGAUCAGCCGAAGAUUAUGUUCCUGCAAUGUUAUUGCAAACCCGCCAGGAUUAUUAUUCGGGGCAUCCCAUUUUCGAAGACAUCAAAGAGACUCUUGUUUUUUUCGUGCAAUUUGAGGACGGAGGAAUUGGAGAUCGUUGCUGAUCAGAGACGAUGUACUUUUCUUGGGCGUUGGAUGGUGUUGCACCUUGGACCACUUGUUUCGGGUCGAAAGAAACGAGUUUCGGGUCGAAAGGAGCAUGUUUGGGUUGAAGUGUGUUGGAGGAGCAAAAUACCCGGCCAUGGGCAGUAAUACCCGGUCGGGUAUUAAUUGGAGCAGAUAGGGGAAAACUUGUUUCGGGCGUCUGAGAAACAGAAGGGGGCCCGGGCAGUAAUCAUAAAUCCCUGGUCGGGUAUUCUUGACCCGGACCGGGAUUAACCCCUGCCCCGACGAUGCGUUUUGGGAAUACCCGGUCUCCACCCAAAAUACCCGACUGGGUAUUCAGGCCGGGGAUCGCGACAGACAGCCUCUUAAGGGAAAAGAAGGGCAAAAGUGAAGGGUUCGGAGUUUUAGAGAGACAAAGCGUAUACCUAGAGAGAGAAAGUUACGAACCUGAUUCUGCAAGUGUCUUUGAUCUAUCUCCUUCACCAUUGGAGUCCGGCUUGAGCUUGGAGGAGCUGAUUGAGUGCCUGAAGCAGAUUGUCAUCCUUCACAAUAUGGUUUCCGCAUCUGAGCUAGAUUUUCCAUCUCUCUCUAUGGAGUAACUUUCUUAUUCACCUAGGUAUGAAGAACCCUAGAUUUGUAUGUUAUGUCUGAUUGUAUGAACCCAAGUACAGAUUCAGUGAUAUGAUUAUGUUCAAUUGAGGUUUGAUUUGUUGAAUGGCAUAAAUCCUGAUCAAAUUCCUGUUGUUUCUGCUUUAACCUAGAAAGAGAAUAUAUGCCUAGCUUGAUAGAGCGCCCUUGAUUGAAGGUAGUGAAUUGACGACUUUAGUCGAGGAGUCAAUUCACUAUUCUGUACCGAAUUUACUUCGGUAGUGGAGGUUUGGUUCGUUAGGGCCUCAAUCUGUUUACUCCAGUGGAGGUUACUCGCCCGAUGGGGACUCAGAUUGAGAGGGUCUGGAGACCUUUAGUCGAGACUGCAGACUGUUUAAGAACCUCCCGCAAUAUAACUAUCAUUGAACUUGAACUUGGUAAAUUACAAUCUGCUUAACUGCAGUCUAGGGAGGAACCAUAUCCGGGUGACCUCUCUCGACUUGAAAACAACUUUUUAACUGCAUUGCUUGUUUGCUUGUUUGGACCUUCACUAAAGUUUCACUGCUAAAUAAUAAGAACUCACGGAGUAG